UCAGAAUCCUCUGUCAUGAUCGAGCCAUUAAGGGCAGUCCAAGAUGGGUACCUUGUGCCUCUUUAUUUAGGGACACCCCCACAACUCAUUCAAGUGUACAUGGAUACUGGGAGUGAUCUCACUUGGGUUCCCUGUGGGAACAAUCCCUCUUUUUUCAAUUGCAUGGGAUGUGAUGAUGGUGGGAUAAGCAAGAAGUACUUGACGGCUGCUUUCUCUCCAUUCCGUUCCUCUUCCACGGCUAGAGAACUUUGUAGUAGCUCCUUUUGCAUUGACAUUCAUAGCUCAGACAACUACAUCGAUCCUUGUACCAUGGCAGGUUGUUCAUUGAGUACUCUCAUAAAAUCCUCAUGUGCUAGGUCAUGCCCUUCUUUUGCUUACACUUAUGGUGCAGGUGGAGUUGUCACAGGCAUGCUAACCAGAGAUACCAUUAGGGUUCAUGAAAAUAUUGAUAUAAUUAACAAUAAUGGUAAUCCCACGAGGGAAAUACCAAGCUUUUCAUUUGGGUGUGUGUGGUCCACUUAUAAAGAGCCUAUUGGGAUUGCAGGGUUUGGUAGGGGAACUCUUUCACUCCCAUCCCAAUUAGGGUUUCUUCAAAAGGGAUUCUCCCACUGUUUCUUGCCCUUCAAGUUCGCAAACAACCCUAAUAUUUCAAGCCCACUAGUUAUAGGAGACUUAGCUAUUUCAUCUGAUCAAGAAGAAAACUUGCAGUUUACCCCAAUGUUAAAGAGUCCCGUGUAUCCUAACUCCUACUAUAUUGGUCUAGAAGCCAUCACUAUAGGAAACUCUAGCUCAAGUGAAGUGCCCUUGAGUUUGAGAGAAUUUGACUCACGAGGAAAUGGAGGUAUGUUGAUAGACUCAGGCACAACAUAUACACAUUUGCCUGAGCCUAUUUAUUCUCAACUUCUUUCUACACUUCGCUCAGUGAUAUCUUAUUAUCCUAGAGCUGAGGACAUGGAAGUGAAAACUGGUUUCGAUUUGUGCUAUAGAAUCCCAUAUACUCCUAAUAAUAAAGAUAUCAGUAGCAACAAUACCAUUAUUGAUACUACCAGAGAAGAUUUUGAUAUUCUUCCAUCAGUUACUUUCCAUUUCUUAAACAAUGUGAGCAUUGUUUUGUCUGGAGGAAGCCAUUUCUACGCCAUGGGACCGCCAAGGAAUGCCACCGUGACAAAGUGCUUGCUGUUUCAGAGCAUGGAAGACGGUGAAAAUGGGCCAUCCGGGGUGUUUGGAAGCUUCCAACAGCAGAAUAUGAAGGUUGUGUAUGACAUAGAGAAAGAGAGAGUUGGGUUUCAACAUAUGGAUUGUGCUUCUUCUGCAGUAUCUCAUGGGCUUCAUAACCAGAAACCCUAG